AUGGAUGAUGAAUGUGGAUUUCGAGCUGAAUAUGCUAAAUCUGAUCGAUCAACAUGUAAAGGAUGUCGUUCAACUAUCAAUAAAGAUUCAUUACGUCUUGCUAUUAUGGUUCAAUCACCAAAUUUCGAUGGAAAAAUUCCAACUUGGUAUCAUAUGACUUGUUUUUUUAAAAAAGUUAAACCAGCUGAUGCACAAAUAAUAAAAGGUUAUGAAGAUCUUCGUUGGGAUGAUCAAGAAAAACUUCGUCAAAAAGUCGAAGGAAAAUCAACUAAAGAUUCAAAUAAUAAAUCAGAUGAAAAUGAAGUUAGUUCAAAUAAUUAUAGUGCAGAAUAUGCACGAUCAAGUCGCAGUACAUGUAAUGGUUGUAAUACGAAAAUUGAAAAAGAUCUUGUUCGUUUAUCAAUAAAAGUUUUAUUAAGUCAUACUUCAAUACCAACUGAUCAAUGGUAUCAUAUUGAUUGUUUUAAAGAACAUAAAGAUGAACUCAAUUUCAAUGGAAAUGCUGAAACAUUUGAUGGUUUUAAUAAUCUUAAUAAAGAAGAUCAAACUGAAUUGAAAAAAAAAUUUGGUUCAACAACUGUUAAUCGAAAACGUAAAGGUGAUAAAACAUUAAGUUCAACAGGUGAUAAUGAUGAAGCACCAAAAGCUAAACAAACUAAAACAGAAGAUAAAAAUGAUUCAACAACUGAACAAGAUGAAAUUCGUCAAAAAAAAGAACAAAGUGAAUUACUUUGGAAAUAUAAAGAUGCGUUAAAAAAAGAAGUACCAAAUGAUGUUUUAAAAGAAUUACUUGAACAUAAUCAACAAAAAAUUGUUACUGGUGAAUCACAUUUAAUUGAUACAGUUGCAGAUUGUAUGGCAUUUGGUUCAUUAGAACAUUGUCCAGAAUGUGGAGGAUUUCUUAUUUUUAAUUAUACAUGUUAUCGUUGUACAGGUGAUGUAACAGAAUGGACAAAAUGUUCUUAUACAACAACAACACCAACAAGAAAAUUAUUUGAUAUACCAAAUGAUAUUAAAACAGAAUAUGAUGCUUUUAAAUCAUAUAAAUAUAAAAAACGUGAUCGAAUUUUAGCAAAAGUUAUUGAAAAUCACGUUUCAAUUGCAAAAACACCUGAGGUUUCAAGAGUUAUUCAUGAACCAAUAUAUGAUUCAAACUUACCACUUUCUGGUUAUGUUGUGUCAUCAGCUGGUCGUUUAUCAAGUUCUGUUGCAAAUAUACAAAAAGAAGUUGAACGUUUAGGUGGAACAUUUUCAUCAAAAAUAGAUGAUACUGUUGGAAUUGUUAUUAGUUCUCAAGAUGAAAUUAAAAAAAUGAGUAAAAAACUUCAAGAUGCUCAAACAUCCAAUAUACAUAUUGUUUCGGAAGAAUUUUUAAAAGAAAUAAUUAAUGAUCGUCCAUCAAUAAUAAUGGAAAAAUGUAAAAUUUCAACAUGGGGUAUUUUACCACAUAUUCGACAACAAACAAAAGCAGAUGAAGAAGCUAAACUUAAAUCAGGACGACAAUCAUUGACAACAGCAUCAACUAAAUCUGAUUCUCGAUCAAAAAAAUCUGUACCAGAUAAAAUGAAAUUAAAAUUAAAAGAUGGUGCUGCUGUUGAUCCAGAAUCAGGAUUAGAAGAUAUUUGUCAUGUUCUUAGAGAUGCAGAAUCUAAUGAAAUAUUUGCUUGUGUUCUUGGUCUUGUUGAUAUAACACGAGGAACAAAUUCAUAUUAUAAAUUACAAUUACUCGAAUCAGAUAAUGGUCGGCCAUGUCGAAAAACAGAUGCUAUAAAAGCAUUUCAUGAAUUAUUUCUUGAAAAAACAGGUAAUGAAUGGGGUGAACGAAAAAAUUUUCAAAAAUUACCAAAUAAACAUUAUCCACUUGAAAUCGAUUAUGGACAACAUGGUGAUAAUGAUAAAAUGCAAAAAUUACUUGAAAAUGCUAAUUUAAAUAUAAAAUCUAAAUUACCAAAUCAAGUUCAAGAUCUUGUUAAAAUGAUUUUUAAUGUUGAAACUAUGAAACAAGCUUUAUUAUCAUUUGAAAUUGAUUUAACUAAAAUGCCAUUAGGAAAAUUAUCUAAAAAUCAAUUAGAUAAAGCUUAUAAAGUUUUAUCUGAAUUACAAACAAUAAUUACAAAUGGAGUUACAACAUCAAAAACAGCUAUUGUUGAUGCUAGUAAUCGAUUUUAUACUUUGAUUCCACAUGACUUUGGUUUGGCUAAACCACCAUUACUUGAUAAUGUUGACUUAAUAAAAACCAAGACUGAAAUGAUUGAUAAUUUACUUGAAAUUGAAAUAGCUUAUUCAAUGUUAGAUGAAUCAAAUAAUACUAUCGAAGAUAGUGAACAUCCAAUAGAUGCUCAUUAUAAAAAAUUAAAAUGUGGUCUUAUACCAGUUGAACAUAAUACAGAAGAAUUUAAACUUAUUGAACAAUAUAUGAUUAAAACUCAUGCGAAAACUCAUGAUCAAUUUACAUUAAAAUUAUGUGAAUUAUUUAAAACAACACGUGAAGGUGAAUAUGAUCGUUUUAAAAAUUUUCAAACACUUGAUAAUCAUCAAUUAUUAUGGCAUGGAUCAAGAACAACUAAUUUUGCUGGUAUUCUUAGUCAAGGUUUACGUAUUGCACCACCUGAAGCACCUGUUACUGGUUAUAUGUUUGGUAAAGGUGUUUAUUUUGCUGAUAUGGUUUCAAAAAGUGCAAAUUAUUGUUUUACAACAAAACAAUCACCCCAAGGUUUAAUGCUUUUAUGUGAAGUUGCACUUGGAAAAAUGUUUGAAUGUCUUAAAGCAACAAAUAUGUCAGCAUCAACUUUACCACAUGGUACACAUUCGACAAAAGGUUGUGGAUCAACAAUGCCAGAUCCAAAAGAUUAUCAUUACACAAAUGAUGGUAUACUUAUUCCAAUGGGUAAUGGUGUUGCAUCAAAUGCUCGAAAUACUUCAUUAUUAUAUAACGAAUAUAUUGUCUAUAAUACUGAUCAAAUCAAUAUGAAAUAUCUUUUACGUGUUGACUUUCAAUAUAAAUAUUGA